GUUGUCGGUUGACAAAAUUCUCGCCGUCGACCAAGCUUUUGAACGUGACAAAGUUAAGUAGUGUUAUAAUGCCAAAACAAGUGCGAAGCAAACAAUAGGAAAAUUGGGAUUUAUGUUUGUCGUUGAAAGUCGUUUAAAAACAUUGUCGCUAUAAUUCAUUACGGCGUCCGUAAUGAUAGAAGUUCUAUUGCACGUGAGAAAAUUCAGUUCCACACAAGAUGAAGAUGUUUGAAGGUGCGUUGGGGGAAUAAAGCGGCCGUGAGAAGUUGCGUUGGGGGAAUAAAGGUAAACUUUGUAAUAGAGAAAAAAGCGAUCGCGUGCUGGUGCAUGUUUUUAUUUUGUACGAAUGUUAACAUAAAAAUGGCAAGCCGGUCAUUCGUGCGAUAAUUGGGUGAUUCCUCGAACAGUCGUUCAAAACUAUACUGUCCUUGUUUAAAUCGAUUUGGUGCGAGUGUCGACUGCUCGCCCCAGUCGUUGCGUGUGCCCGUGUGCCCGCAGCUAAAGCAGCAGCAGCAGCGGCAACCAGUAAUACGACUCGAUCGACGGACGCACGCGCGGGGCAAGUGCAUCAGUGAUUGUGAAUGGAGUUGAUUUUUUUUAUCAUAAAACCUCGUGACGUUCACUCGAUGGAUGCGACGAAAUUUUUGCAACACCGUUGACAAAACGAGAACGAUGAGGUACGACGAAACUUUUAUCGACAAUACAUCGUGAGUAGGACCGUCCGAACGGGCGGCCUCUCGUCGCUGCUCUCAUAGUCUUCGGAGGAAUAGUUGACUGCAAAAAAAUGCCUGCCCCUCCGCCUCCUGUACCAACCCCACCGGAGCUCCCUGCCCAUGACAGCAGCCAAGUCGGAGACUCUGAUUCUUUGCCUCCUUGGGCAAAGAUUAGUCUUACUUCCCCAGAGGCAGAAAUUGAGAAACUCAUUGCUCGAAACGAGCUGAAGGAUGCUGAAGUCACUUACUUCUGUCAGGUGGAGCCGAUACUUCAGGACGGCCCUCAAUGCGGCCUGGUUGCCCUGGCUAUGGCCUCGCAGGAGUACACUAAGCCAGUCUCGGUAGGUCAACUUCUUGCUGAGGCCAGAGUCAGAGGUUUCACUCAGCACGGCGAAGUUUACAGUGUUGACUUUAUGGGGACAUUGGCCGCUGAAUAUUUGCCCGAUCACAGACCGGACAUACUCAUAGAUUUGCAAACAUGUCCGGACACUCUGACUCAUGCUCUGGCCCAUGGCGCUACUGUAUUAAUUCCCUACGACUCGGAUUUUAAUCAUGCCCCGUGCUUGAAACGUGGCCACAAGGCUCACUGGGCUCUCCUGAUCGGCCUCAUAUCCGCCAGGCAGGGAUAUCACGUCCUCGCCCGUCAUGGAAAAUCACGUCAUUUGGCCUGUUGGCCUCUUCGUGAUCUCAUUGAGAGCAACGGUAAUCUCGAAGAAGAGGGUACAGCGAGGCACGCCGGUGGUUACGUUAUACCAAAAGGCGGUGUCGGUGGACAGCGAGGUUUGCGUGGAAGAGCUCUCGCUCUUCACCCCUACGUAUGAACCGCAAUAUCUCUACACCCCAACCACCUCUAAUUCUAUUUACUUUAUCGUCCGAUUAUACAGAGAGAACGCGAUUCUUCACGCCUGCCCCUGCACUCCUCCCACUACGUAUAUUACAGCUAUUGAAUUAUGCUUUUCUUCUUCCAAAAAUUUAUCCAAACUCGUGAAUGAUCUUCUAAAUAUUCUCUUACGUCGCUUUUAAUAUUUUAUUUAUCUAUUACGAGGUGUGUGAUAAUGCCAACCCUGUAUAUACACUAACGGCGAUCUUUAUUUAUUGUUUCAUUGUUAUUUAAUUGCUUUUCAUCUUCUCUUUUUUUCUUCAUCCGCAAUCGUAUCGAGUUUUUUUUUAUGUUUUUCCUCGAUCGAUAAAAUGACCGUUAUUAUGCCAUUUUAUUUCAUUUGCUGGAUAAAACGAGUGUGUUUUGUCGUGCUCGAUGUGAAUAAUCUCAAAGUUCCAUUUUUAUUGGCGAUGAGCAUCGUUACUCCAGCAACUUGAUCGGUGCGCACGUUAAUUUUUCGGAUCUCUCACGUUGUCCCGACAUCAUAAUUUCUCUGUGAAACGAGGUUAUCGAAAUCUUCUCGAUCGGAAUGCGCAAUAAUUGUUCGAUUUUUGUGCAUUUACUCCAACUCGCAGAGAUCGAGUUUAUCAAAAUGUUUUCUCUCCCAUAUGUUCGAAUAUUGCUUGAAAUAACGGAAGUAAUGUAAUAUGAAUUUUAUAUUUUUCAACAUUUUUUUCGCUCUUCACCGCUUUCGGAAAAUCUCAUCGACCGUGCAUGUACGUCGGUCAUAUCUUACUUCUCAGAGACAUGAAACCUCAAGUUAUCUUGCAGAUAAAAAUAGUUUAUAUUGUAGUACAAUAAUAUAUUUUCCGAGAGUGUGCUCUCGUGUGCGAGAUUACUAGCGUGAUUUAAGCGCCGAACCGCUUUGUUUCUGAUCGAGAAAUAACAUAAACGAGUUAAUAAAAUGAAUGAAAAGAAAGAAACAAAAUUCAAAUAUUCGUAGCUGGAACUGUCGGAUGUCUAACCAAAAAAUAAUUGUUAUACGGCUAAACCUAUCAAUUUAUCAAAGCUCACCAAAGAAGAAAGAACAUUUUUUUAACUGUAACUAAACGACUAUCUACACUCCAGCACUGCGGAUGUAAUAAGCGGACGGCGUUAAGUAUCGUAAUACAUUACGCAAGAAGGAUGUACGUGAAAAGAAACAACUAUUAAAAAAGAAAAAAAAAAAUCUGCUUUCAUUACUUUUUCCUUGAUUGUCCUUCGUUCUUAAAGAAUCCACUUAUUUUACAAUCUGUUUGGUGUUCAAUCAAAAAAAGGACAUUUUCAGUAGCCUGAUCAAUAUCAUUAUGCUAUUUAUGCGAACAUUUGGAGCAGGAUAAAAGAAAAUGGAAUCGAUUAUCACUACUAGAGGGAUCGGUGACGUUUUCAUGGCUGCAGGGCUCGUUAAUCAUUCUCUUGUGUGUACGACAAAAAUGUAUAGAUCGAAUAUUCGGCGAUACAUUUAUAUUUCAAGCUUACAAACAUCAACAUCAUAUUUUAUUU